ACAUAGUGAUGACCGGAAAUGGAACAUCCAUCGAUGGCGGAAGAACAACUUUGGGGAAUGCAUUGUCUUUGACUUGCUCGGCAACAGAAAAUGUACGAUUCGUUAGCUGGCGUAAAACUGCAAACACGCCGGGUUCUCCAGAGCUGAAACUCUUGGCAAGUGGAGUGCUUAGUAACGCCACCUGUGGAUUUGAUCCACCUCCGCCCUCAGGACUUAUAUGCAUUUGUGUAAGUGCAAGGGAGUAUACCUGCACCAUUCAAGCACUAACCGUUGCUGAUAACGGGGAUAGAUGGAGAUGCGAUGCAGCUAUUGAUGGACAAUUUAAAUUUAGCAACUAUGUUUUCAUUACAGUUAAUGUACAUAUCACCAAACUAGAAAUGUCUCCCAACGUCGAUCCAGUCUCAUUGACUGCCAAUCAGUCGGCGCAGUUUACAUGCACCAGUGACUUCGGUAGACCUACUCCAUCCGUUUACUGGUUUAUUGACGAUACAACAAAUAAGGAGUCCGUUAUUAACAUCACUAUUUUAUCCGUAAUAACCACAGUGAGUGAGAACGCUACUAUCAGCACACUGACUUUCAUGCCUUUGAAAACUUAUCAUAACCUGCGUUUAUACUGCUCUGGAAACAACGGUGGACCAACAGUCAGUUCUACAUUGAAACCAUUAUUGAAUAUUUUAUUUGGACCUACACAUCCGGAAUUCAAUUACAAUGGUUCAAUAGUUACUGGAUCUUUGGCUGUCUCGUCUGGAAAGUCCUUCCCCCUAACAUGCAAGAGUAACGGUAAUCCUCAUCCGUCUUUUACAUGGACAUAUCCUGGAGGUACAGCAACAGGUGAGAAUCUGGUGAUAUCAAGAAUGGAUCAACAACACGACGGUAAAUACACGUGCAGUUCUCGCAACACUAUGACGCCUUCGAUGGGUUCGAUUAGAUCUGAAACGACAUAUUCUUCGAUAUCUGUACAAGUGAAUGUUCCAAUUACACACGUUGAAAUGGUGAACCCAGCAUCAAACAUGGUGUUCAUCAAGGAUCAUGACUCUACCACACUCGAAUGUAAAACGUCACCAGGAAAACCUCUCGCCAUUAUAAAGUGGUACAAAGACAAUCGAACACCAGAGAAUAACAUAGAUGAUGUAGAAACGUAUUCUUCAAAUGUGCAAUCGUUUCCAGACGGUGUCAUUAAAAGUGUCCUUAAUUACACAGCCACACGCGGCGAUGAGGACAUGAGACUAUAUUGCACGGGGAACAAUAUCGGGCAAACUCUUACGUCAAGCAGACAUGCUAAACUUAUAAUUGCCUCUUCUCCUGACGUGCCGUCAUCUGUUGCGGUCACCAAAGUUGCAUCAACGUCUGUAAGGGUUUCCCUCCGCAACUUGUCUACAGGCCAUAUGCUUCAAUGGUUUACUAUUAAAGUAAAAGAAGAAGACAGUGAAUGGAUUGAACAAUCUGUGUUAGCUGCAUUUUUCAAUCUUAGCUCCUCUGAUGUUUACUUCGAAUUGACAAUGUUGGAACAGUCAACACAGUAUAGUAUACGCGUUUACGCAGAAAACAUCUUAGGUCAAAGUGGACCUUCUGAUAUCGUAUCUUUUAAAACAUUGUCUACAGAUGCUUCGGAUUCACCCAGUACGUCUCCCCAGUCAUUUAACGUGGGUGCGAUAAGCGGAGGUGUUGUCGGAGGUGUUAUAUUAGAAUUCUUUAUCGGAAUCCUAGGAUUGUGGAUUAUCAUGAAUCGAAGAACCAACUCCCAAGGAGGUACCAAUUGA